GCCAAGGAGAUGGCCAAGAUGCUGAACCAGCUCAAGCAGCUCCUGGCAGAGAACAAAAAGCUCAAGAAGAAUGACGGCAAGCCCUCGGACAUGGAGGUUGACGAGGCCGAAGAUGGAGACAACGUGGCGGCGUCUUCAUCGGUCGCGCAGCGCACGGAGCUGCAGGCGAGGAUCUCCAAGUACGAGCAGACCAUCAAGAUAUACAAGGACGACGGCGAGGACGAGCUGGCGCGCGACCUUCAGAGGAAGCCGGAGGCGACCAAGCUGCAGGCCCAGUCGCUGCGCAAGCCUGCCAUGGCCCACAAGCAGUGCACGCAGAAGCUUCAACGGGUUCAGAAGCAGAUCGGCACGGCGAAGAAUGACCUGCAGUCCUUGCAGCAGAAGUUGGAGAAGGCUCAGAGGGAGCUGGACGAGAAGAAGGACUUCCUGGAGAGCAAGGUGCCCCCCGACAUCCUGCGGCUCGACCCUGACCUUGACCAGCUCAAGUCGGACCCCGACCUGCUGCAGUUCUACACCUCGUUCUCGGCCAACCCCCUGUUCGCCAAGAUGGAGGAGCUGUGCAGGCAGAACAUGGCGGCCAGACUUGCUCAGGAACUCCACCGAGCCAUGUACCAAGGCAAGAGCGAGAGCGACGUGUCCGUCAGCCCCGAGCAGCUGGCCGAGAUGGUCGGCAACAUCCAGAACACGAAGCAUCGCAAGCUCGACAGCGGAGGGGCCUCGAUGCCGAGCGAGGUGCUGGAGCCCCACUUCAUCGAGACGUACAACGCGAACCAAGGGAAGCAGACGCUUAAGAAGAGGCUAAGCUGCACCAAGUCCCUCAUCGUGCUCGCGCAGGAGAUAGGGCACCACGACUGGGAGUGCGAAGCCCUCAGCUCUUGGUGUGCCAGCCACAAGUGGAACGUCAUGGUCGUCCCAGGCUCCCCUACUGCAGGUAAGCUCCCAGCGGCAGGUCUGGCCAUCUUUGCGCGUGAAGACAUCGGGCUACGUGGGCCUACUUACCCUACGACGAGCCCUGCAGCACGGAGGUCCACCGUCAAUGAGCAGAUCUCCUUCGGCAGCGAGCUGGUACCUUUUCGGGCCCAACAUGCAGCGGUUGAAGUUCCUGGGUGGCCACCGCUCAACAUCUUCAACAUCUACCUGCACACGGGCGAGGGCAUGUCUUUUCAGACCGCCAAGAUCCUUAUGAACGUGGGGCUGGCGCUGGCAGGGCAGCCGCAUCCUUCCAUCAUAGGUGGUGACUGGAACAUGGCUGCGGCGGAGGUCGAGGCAUCGUCGUUCACGGCUCAAGCCCAGGUCUCCCUGCUGGUACCCAAGUCCAUCACGUGCAGGACGGCGACGGCCAACCCGGUGAGCGACUAUUUCGCUCUCACAUCGGGGGCCAUGAGGCUCGCGAAGGCCAUCCAAGCGGACAUGAAAUGGACCAUCAAACCACAUCGACCAGUGGUCGUGGAGAUUGCUACUAUGGGCAAGCAGCUGAUGUACCUCACCUACGUGGGCGGGGGCAAGAUCGCGGCGUCCAAGCAAGCGGGGCCCAUGCUGCAGGACGAGCACAACUGGGAGCUCGAGAGAAGCUACGCUGAGAGUGCUGCGGAGAUGGCCUUGUCUGGCUCGGUGGGCUCUGCCUGGCGGCUGCUGUCUACCGCGUGGGCUCGGUUUGCUGCGCAGGCGGCUAUCAGACUUGGGCAUCUCACUGGCGCCCCAAUCCAGGCGCACUCGUACGGCGGCGACUUACGACCUAAGUGGGUCUCUUACAUGUAUGAAGGGUCGGACCCAGAAGGCAUUCAGGCUGUCGCUGACGGCUGGAAGUGGUAUGAGGACGCGCUCUCAGCGAUCGCGAAGCUCCAGUCCCACCGGCCCUCGGUCGAUGUUAACAAGCUGCAAGAUGAGAUCCACGGCUUCGUCUCCACCGACUAUGCUGGGCAAGGCGUCAGUCAGCGUCUGGAUGCUGUAGUGGCUCACGCUCGGCGGGCACUCGCGGCACCGAAUGCCUCAUCGCAGGGCCCCAUCAACAUGAUCGAGGAGUCGGCGGAGGACAUCGGCAUGGCCAAGCAAGCAGCGGAUCGUGACAGCGCUCA